CAGAGAAUAUACACCAUGUCCUGUAUUGGAGACAACACUGGUGGGAUUCAUGUACUAACAGUUUUGCUCAGUGUGUGGAUGCAGCCAAUCAGUGCAAUUAGUAUCCAGCCGAUCCCUCAGUAUCCUGCGGUCGGACAGUCAGUCACUCUCAGUGUUACUGGGAUCACUGGGAAUAUCCGGCAAUUCGAAUGGUAUAACGGACCAAACCUAAACGCUGAUAAUCUAAUCCUCUCAUAUAUCCCGACUGCAAACCCCCCACAGACUAAUGGACCACAGUAUUUAUCUCGGGUCAGCGGACUCCCUAAUGCCUCAUUACUGAUCUCAGAUCUGGUGAUUACAGACCGGGGGAUUUACAUAGUGUCUGUACAGACAUAUAGAGAUGCACAGCAAGAAUCAGUGACCCUGACUGUAUACAAGCAUGUCACUAAACCUGUAAUCAAGACAAGCAGCUACCUGAUCCAGGAAAAUGAGACGGUCACCCUCAUAUGUGAGACGGAAAAUGCUGCAAGGAUCCUGUGGGGCCGCAGUAAUGGCACACUCCCCUCUGAUAGCACCCUAUCCAGUGAUAACAUGAAUAUUUCCUUCUCCAGUAUCAAACCCUCAGACUCAGGAGAUUAUUAUUGUGAGGCUGAGAAUGCUAUCCAUAAGAUCACAAGUGACAUCCACACACUGACUGUAAACUAUGGCCCUGAGAACCUGUCAAUUAUACGUUUCUUUGAAACCAACAACAAUUCUACAUUCACUUUAAAAUGUUCUGUAGCAUCUUUCCCAAUACCGAUCUACCGUUGGAUACACAAUGAGAAAGACAUGCAUGUCCAGCAGGAUAUACUUCAUAUAGAGUGUCCUACAAAAGCAAACUAUGGUAACUUUACCUGUAUGGUGGAAAACCCAGUAACUAAAAGAACAGCAAACGUUUCCAUUUUUGUGACAUUCGAUAUGAUUGAAUCCCUUCCAAAAUGCGAUGCUGCAUCUAGUGUUGGAAUCAUCUUUGGAAGCAUCUUGGGAAUUGCACUGAUUGUAACUGUCAUUGUAGUGCUAUGCAAGAAAUACUUAGCACUCGUCAUUCUCAAAAUUCAAGGAAGCUCCACUAGCACACAAAACCUGCAUGCAAAGGCUGUGAGAAACAACAAUGUUGAAAAGAAUCAACAUUGCAACGCUGAGGAGGAAAUAUAUGCAAAUGCAAACUUUUAGCAGGCAAGAGCUUGACUUCUACUGAAUUGAUAUACAGAUAUCCACAACGUACUGGAGAUGUGAUAACCGCAGCAUACACCAAUGGCAAAAUAAUGUAUCGAGUCUGAAGACACCAGCUGAUUAAAGAGGCUAAUGAACCUACACUAUAUGCUUCCUUGUUGAACCUCUAGAAUAUAUGCAUAAAGACUUUUCUGGAGAACCUGGUGACAGACAAGAAACUGUCCAUCUGCAAUAAAAUAGUAUACAAUGUAAGAUACUGAAAGAGAAACAUAAUACAAUAAAAUAACAUAAAAACUAAUUAAU